UCCUGCCACACGAUUGACGUUGGGCUCUAUCUCCUCUUCCCGGUCUUCGUCAUCUCCGGUGUCUUCUGUGGCUCAUCGCUUUUGGCAGGAGUGUGACCGGGCAGGAUCCGCUGGUGAUAUCUGUACAGAGCAUUGAUCGGCCCUCGCCUCCUGCCCACCAUGUCCGAGUUCGAUGUGUUCGGGAACGGAGUGUCCACCGAAGAGGACCCAGCCGCCGCCUUCCUGGCCCAGCAGGAGAGUGAGAUCGCCGGCAUCGAGAAUGACGACGGCUUCAGUAUCCUGGACAGCGGGGAGGUGCCAAUCUCCAUGCACGACGGGGAUGUGGAUGGGGUUAUGAACGGUGAUUUCUAUCAGGAAAGUAAUGGGCCAACAGAUAGUUAUGCAGCCAUUUCCCAAGCUGACCGUUUGCAAGCAGAACCAGAAAGCAUCAGGAAAUGGAGAGAAGAGCAAAGGAGCCGUUUAGAAUUACUUGAUGCCAACUCUCGAAACCAAGAAGCAGAGUGGAAAGAGAAAGCCAUUAAGGAACUAGAAGAGUGGUACACAAGACAAGAUGAGUUAUUACAGAAGACGAAAGGAAAUAAUCGGGUGGCAGAUGAAGCUUUCUUCAAACAACCCUUCGCUGACGUGAUUGGUUAUGUCACACACAUAAACCAUCCUUGCUACAGCCCAGAACAGGCCGCUGAGGAGGCGUUUGUGAGUGACGUUGAAGAAUCGACCCCAGGAACCGAAUGGGAACGAGUUGCUCGUCUUUGUGACUUUAACCCCAAGUCUAGCAAGCAGACAAAAGAUGUCUCCCGUAUGCGCUCAGUCCUGAUAUCUCUCAAGCAGUCUCCACUGGUUCACUGAAAGGAAAGAACAGAAAAAAAACAU